AUGAUUAAUUAUAUAGCACUAUUUAAAUGCUAUCCGAACACAGUUCAAGUGCUUAGAAAUGUUCGAACAUUUCAUUCACUUCAUCAAAAUCAAGUUUUAAAAGAAUCUAAUAAAACUCUUAUCAAGCGACGGUUCCACUUGAAUAAAUUUUUAUUUAAUAAAGUAGAAAAUGUCAAGGACGCGAAGAUGGAUAGAAAAGUGAACUCGUCAGAUUUAAAAAGAUUACUUUCCCUAGCUAAACGUGAGAAAUGGCCAAUUGCAGGUGCUAUCGUGUGUCUGAUAAUAUCAUCCUCCAUAACUAUGGCUGUACCGUUCGGAUUAGGAAAAAUUUUAGACACAAUAUAUGUAAAAGAAACUGACCCUAAAGAAACUAAGGAAAAGCUCAGUAAAUUUUGCAUGCUCCUUGCUGGAAUUUUCGUGCUUGGAGGAUUUGCUAAUUAUGGACGUGUAUAUUUAUUCAACAAUGCUUCACUUAGAAUUACAAAGAGACUCCGCGAUCAAUUAUUUAAGAGAAUCACGAUGCAAGAAUGUUCAUGGUUUGAUACGAAAGGCACGGGUGAGCUUGUUAACCGUUUAUCUGCCGAUACAACAAUGGUUGGCAAUUCUCUUAGUCAAAAUCUCUCAGAUGGCCUUAGAUCUACGGCAAUGGUUCUAGCUGGUACGGGGAUGAUGGUUUAUACGUCACCUGGCUUGGCAUUAGUUGGAGCUGGUGUGGUUCCAUGUGUAGCUGGAAUGGCAGUUGUUUAUGGUAGAUAUUUAAGAAACAUUACUAGACAAAUGAUGGACAAAUUAGCUGAAGUUAUGAAAGUUGGAGAAGAACGCAUAGGAAAUAUAAAAACAGUCAAAAUUUUCAGUAAGGAAGAACGUGAGCAUCAACUAUUUACUAAAGAACUGGAAGAUGCUUUGCAAAUUGGAUAUAGAGAAUCGAAAGCUCGAGCUAUUUUUUAUGGAAUGACCGGGUUUUCAGGAAAUUUAAUUAUCAUGUCAGUUUUGUAUUAUGGUGGAACUUUAGUAAGCGAAGGUCAGCUUUCAAUCGGUGCAUUGACUUCUUUCAUUCUAUAUGCUGCAUACACUGCAAUUUCAAUUGGUGGUUUGAGUAAUUUCUACACUGAGCUAAAUAAAGGUAUUGGUUCCGCAACAAGGAUAUGGGAAAUCAUGGAUCGACAACCUUUAAUUCCAAUUCGUGGUGGAUUUAUACCAUCAAUCAAACCAAGUGGUGAUAUUGCAUUUAAAAAUGUUUGUUUUAAUUAUCCCUCAAGACCUGAUGCUCCCGUCAUUAAGGAUAUGAAUCUACAAGUUGAAGCUGGCAAAAUUACAGCUGUAGUUGGUCGAAGUGGAAGUGGAAAAUCAUCAAUAGCUUCUUUGUUAAUGCGAUUAUAUGAUCCUCAAAAUGGUGUUAUCUUUUUCGACGGACAAGACCUAAGAGAUUUAGAUCCUUCCUGGUUAAGGCGUCAUAUAGGGGCAGUAAAUCAAGAACCGGUUCUUUUCAGUGGAACAAUCAGAGACAACAUUCUUUAUGGGCUUGAAGAAACGGAAAAAAUUAGCGAGGAAGAUUUUCAAAGAGUUCUUAAGGAAGCGCAUGUCAUUGAAUUUGUAAAACAACUACCUGAUGGUCUAAAUACACAUGUAGGACAACGUGGCAUCAUGUUAAGUGGAGGACAAAAACAAAGAGUUGCAAUAGCAAGAGCACUUAUUAAGAACCCCGAAAUUCUCAUAUUGGAUGAAGCCACAAGUGCUUUGGAUGCCGUUUCCGAAGAGCUCAUUCAAAAAGCACUUGAAAACUUGACAAAAGGACGAACUGUUCUUACGAUAGCUCAUCGUUUAAGUACUAUCAGAAAUGCUGAUAACAUCGCUGUGCUUGAAGACGGUGCUAUUAAAGAAAUUGGAAGCUACAAUUAUUUGAUGAAUCUACCUCAAGGAGUUUUUAAAGAACUCGUUCAACAUCAAACAUUUUCAAUUACUCCUCCUACGACUCCUGAAGAACAAAGGAAAAGUUAA